GCGGCAGAGAACUAACGGCAGGUAAGACGUGGAUGAUUAGGAAAUACGCAGAUUCUCAAGCACCUGCUUUAGGAAGACGACCAAAGUCAUGUUUUCCUCUGAAAGUCAGGAUUUCUGUGAUUUGGACGAAAAUAGCCUCAGAUUUCCGAAUGGAGUGGUGGUGUUUUUCUCUUAAUACCAGGGAUGAAGUUAAGCCGAGAGUGUGACAUGAAAGCAGAGGAUUCCAAUUAACGAGAACAUCUCCAGGUGAAAACAUGUUCAAAAGAGAAAAUCAAAGAUAAAACCGAAACUAAGGUGACUUGAUCACCAGAGAAUCCACCAGGCACUGAGCUGUCAGUCUGCAGCCUCCCACGUGGUCUGCAGGGCGGGCGCAUCCCAAAUAGUUAGACUCAACUUCAGCAGGGCAAACAACGGGAUCUAUUGGUGGACUGAGUGACCAGUGAAUCUGAACGGUGGAGGAAACACAGUUUACUGUCUGCAUCAUUUACUCCCAACUGCGCGCGCCCGCUGACUUUUAACUCCACCUGAAGACUAAGGAGUUUGGACGGAGUUUGGAGCGCUUCUUGGUCAGCUCCUGUUACAGUCUGGUUGCAGGACUCCGUUCAAAAAGCAAAACCAGCAACGGUUGUUUUGCGUUCACACGGCGGACUUUGGAGCCGGAUCGCGACAUGGAAACAUCCAGUGGCUCCGUGGUAGAAAAGAAGCCGGCGUCCUCGAUGCAGCGCUGGCUCCCGGGGUUCCCCAUCGCUCUCUGCUUGCUGAUGUCCAUCAGCUCCAUCACCGUGUGUCUCCUGAUGAGCUUCAAGACCUUCCAGUUGGAGAACCGGCUGCAGAUGCAGAUCAUGGAAACGGCGUCCAUCUUCCAACCUUUGCGCAGGUCUUUUCAGAACGAGGAUGGGAGCCUUGUUUCAGAUCUGGCUGCUCCUAUUGAGGCUCUUGUAGAAGAGAAAGUUACGUCUCUGAUGCCCAAACUGCGGACAGUCAGAGAUGCUCCAGAGUGCGUCUGUCCUCCAGGGCCUCCGGGAAAACGUGGACGUAUAGGAAGAAGAGGAGAACCUGGUCCUCCUGGCAAGUCUGGACGGGACGGAUACCCGGGUCCGCUUGGCUUGGAUGGUAAACCAGGUUUACCGGGAUCCAAGGGGAGCCAGGGACCAGCCGGACCCAAGGGAGAGAAGGGUGAUCAAGGCGACAUUGGGCCGAGGAUGGUCUACCCUCGAUAUGAUCACAGCUUUCUCUCUGGAGAGCAGUCCGGCAGCUUUCAGAGACGCGUUUUGAAGGGUGAUCAGGGUCAAGCUGGACCUGCCGGUCCUCCUGGUCCUCCUGGGCCUCCCGGGCCCCGUGGCCCCCCUGGGAACACUGGUAAAGACGGGCCUCGUGGUCCCGCUGGAGAGCCGGGUUUUCCAGGUCGAGAUGGUGCUGAUGGCCUACAAGGACCGUCUGGAGAGCCGGGACAGGAUGGUGAACCGGGUUACCCGGGUCCACCCGGUCCAUCCGGUCAAAAGGGGGAAGCAGGUGAAAAGGGAGAAAGAGGCACGGAUGGACAUGCUGGAACAAAGGGUGACAAAGGAGAGCAAGGACUACAGGGACCCAUGGGUCAUCCUGGAGAAAAAGGUGCCUCAGGAUCCUCAGACAUCGUUGACUUUAAUGGGAAACUUUUAGAUGCCUUCCAGGCCAUCAAAUCCAUCAGUGUUUCGGGCCCACCUGGACCCCCAGGACCCCCAGGGCCCCCCGGAGAAAAGGGUGAGCUUGGUUUACCUGGACCGGCAGGAAUUGAUGGAGAAAAGGGACCUAAAGGCGACAAUGGGGAGACGGGGCCUCCUGGUGAAAGAGGAGAGAAAGGAGAAAUGGGUCUGUCCGGACCUGCUGGUAUGGACGGACACAAAGGGGAAAAGGGUGAAUGCAGGCUGGAUGACAACCUGGUUCAGAUGAUUUCUCAGCCAGGGCCUCCUGGGUUGCCAGGCCCACCCGGCCCUCCAGGAGUACCUGGAUUACAAGGAACCAUGGGCCUGCAUGGGAUGCCCGGUCCCAAGGGGGAGCCAGGGGUAGGAGUCAAGGGAGAUAAGGGAGACUCUGGUUCUCCUGGACUCAAAGGACAUGACGGCCACCAGGGCCCACCAGGCGCGCCAGGAUUAGUGGGUCUUCCAGGAGCGAAAGGCGAGAAAGGGCGACAAGGAGAGCCGGGACUAGAUGGUUUCCCAGGCCUGAUGGGAGAAAAGGGAGGUCGAGGAGAAAGAGGGGAAAAGGGUGACAGAGGAUCUCCAGGGAGGAGAGGUCUAAAGGGUCAGAAGGGUGAACAAGGCCCCCCUGGUCUGGACCAGCCAUGUCCUGUGAGCUAUGAUGAGGGUCUGUCUGAGAAGACAGAGGUUUCUUCUUCUGACUCUGCUGCUCUUCCACCUUCGGGCCCUGAAGCCCCCUGUCCUGUGGGAUUGGAUGGGUUACCAAUACCAGGCUGCUUGCAUAAGGGGCACUUUUGAUGACUAACCAGCUGCAUGGAAUCUGUACAUAUUGAUAUGGUAUAUUUUGCAACUGAAUACAACACCAGCAGCCUUACUCCCCAUUUUUUUAAUCAAAUCCUAUUACAUAAUAUAUUGAAAUUUGAGAAAAAGAACAGUUUUGAGGUUUUUUUAAUUUUUUUUUACUUGAGAUCCAGUUUUGUUAACGCAGCCACCAGCUGGCAGAGGGACUCUUAGUUUGAAGGACGGUCCAGAUGGCAGUGCUGAAGUAGAAGAGGGGCCUCACUAACACAAACUGGUUGAUGUAACCAUGAAUGGGACUUGUGGCAGUGUGUUGGCUCCCAUCCUCCAGGACAUGGAUGUUUGAACGGAUGGACUUUUUCUUUUUUCUUUUUUUUUUGCCAGAUGGAGGUUUGUGUUGUCAGCACUCUCUUGUCCUCUCUCUUUGUUUUCUCAAAAGGAGGAAAUGGCGAGGCAGAAGCUCAAACGCAAGCGUCUCUCCCAGCCCUGAGAGGGGGUGGGGCUUGGUGGAGAAAGGCAGCAACAGAACAGGCAGAAAGCGUGGAGGGUAGAUUGGCUUUUCGGGAGCAGGGCUUGCCACGCCUCUGCGUCAUUUUACGAACGCUCACAUCCUCCGUUAUGGAGUCUCUCCAGGAGGGGACGACAGAACUCUGCCUCUCCACAAACGGAGAUGACGCUGAUGAUAUUCCGCAGUUGCUUUACAGCCAGGUUUUUGGGGGAUUCACAGACGUCCCUGGCACAUAAGGAAGGAUUUACCUAUGUGGGAAUAAAGGACAUGUGAUUGUGACAUCUUGUGUGAAUCUGUUGUAAAAUAUAUGAAUGCAUGACCAUAACAAGACUUGUGUUUAGCAUCUUGUAUCGACUGUGUCCCGAAAUGAAAUUUUAAACAGAGUUUGCAAUCUUUCUUUACAAACAAGUCUUUAACAAACAUUUAAUGGCUCACAUUUGCCUUACAUUUAAUUUUUUUGUGUACUGUUUCCUAUUUUUUAUGCAUUCCUGUGCAUUUUCUUUGAUAUUUACUGAAACAUCAAGGCCAGAUUGAAGGAACCAUGAACAGUAUUUGUGUAAAUCAGAAUUGCCUUGGUAACCAGAUGUCCGAUCAUUACGUAUUACCUGCAGAGGACGUUCUUUGGUGGUUAUUUUUGUUUAUUUAGGCAACGGAAAUAUUUGCUGCUUAAACAAAGGUUUGUCGUUUGCUUUUUUAACGUAUUUUCUUAUGAAUUUUACCCAGGGAAUGAAGGACUAACGUGCUGAAGUUUGACGUUUGAACCAAAAAUGCAUGCAAGAUUGUGUUCAUUUAAAUCAAACAAUCCCCCUAUGACAUUUCUGUCAUUUUACUUUUGUUUGGGCAGAUUCUUUAAGCUCCUUACAGUAUUUGUCUCUUCUAGUGGGUGGCAUUUGUUGCUGUUGUCAUUUUAGAUAAAAAACACUCAGAUGGGUGCUCAAAGACAUGCACAACAGCUGAAGAUACUUUUACAGAACUGAAGGAAAUGACUUGUUUUGUUUGUUUCUGUAGUGCCUUUUUACAUGAAUUUUAUUACAGCACUAACUUACCAAAGUACCGUAUGACAUUUUUACCAAACAUGCAUGCAAAAGUUCUACUGUGUUUGUUCAUAUUUAACAUCCGUUUAUCUUAAACAUAUCCAUCGUUGUUUUGGCUGAAAGGUGUAUGUCAUUGACUUUUUCAAUCAUUUAAAUGCAUAAACAGAACUGACAGACACACAAUUACAGCAACGCAAUAAAAACUGUAUUUUUUGUGUAUUCCUCGUAGAUAUGAGCUGAUAUUUUUUCUCAUCAGUACAAUUGAUUGCUUCUUGACUUGGACGGCACAUAUGUUUUCAUUGAAGCUCGGAUCCAAUCAAAGAAUUCACAUUUUAACAAUAGAAAAUUUGAAAUUAAAAUACUGAUUGAAUGAUAGUAGCCACUGAUUCACAACUCGAGCUUUAGGUUGCGCUGCAAUUUUUGUAUUUUUGCUACUUGCUUCUUGCAGUGUUGUUGUAUAAAAUAAUUAAAGUAGCUUCCCCCUUUUGAUAUCAAUAAAGUUUUACUCUUUUCAAUUCUAAAAUCCAUUUCAUGUAUGUCGUUUAUGGAAUGAAAUAUUCCAUAAACGACAGUUUAUGUCAGUUUUUCUCUGAUGACGUUGCAUGUUUAACAUAAGCUGCAGUCUUUAAACCAAGAUAAGCAUUUGUUAAGAACCAUGAAGUAUUUUUGCUGAAUGAGGUAUGCAUCUCAUGACUAAGAGGUUCAACAAGUGUUGGCAUUACUUCAGUGGGAGCUGGCGGUUAGCUGUGACACAACAUUACAGUGUUUUAUUACUGUUACAGAUUCUAUCAGUGCCUUCCUUUUAAUUGCUUCAUAAAGUGAGCUCAUGACAAGUUAUAGUUUGAUAUUUAGAAAAUCUUAUAGCACAGAGUUAGCUUGAUUUUGUUAGAAUGUGUUUUGAUUUUUAUUGGGGGAUUUUUUUUUUUGGAGUGGAGGGUGGGAACGUUUGAGGUUGUAAAUUGAAGAUUAAAGCUAUUUUUGUAAUUAAGUAACAUGAAAUCUGGUGAAUCAAAGUUGUAAACAGAAAUAAACGCUCUACGUUUAUGCUUUCUU